UAAUAAGCACACACAUCAGCCGGUGGCUGGCGUAAGAUCAGCUCAAAUCCCCGGAGACCAGGCCAGGGCAGUACUAUAGCCAGAGAUCAUAUCGCCCGAUCGAUCGAUGAAGCUCUUCGAGUUCGUGAGGCGCUCACGCCGGCCAUCAUCGGCGGCCGCGGCGCCGGUAGCGGCGGUGCCGGCGGCGAACGCGUCGGUGGAGAAGAAGAGGCGGCGGCCGUCGUCGUCUUCGGGGUCGGCGGCGUGGAAGCCGACGCUGGGGGCCAUCUCCGAGGAUGCCGCGGUGGCCGCCGCCAGGGCCGGGGCCGAGGCGGAGAAGGCCAAGGCGAAGCUUGCGGCCGCGGCCAAGGCCAAGGCGCGCGAGAGGCCGCCGCCUCGCGCGUCCCGGCCCGACUACGACGACUUCCGGCGCUUCGGGGCACCUACUGUGUUGCCGGCGUUCGGGCCGGCGGCAUUCCUCUUCUGAGCUCAGACGAGCUCCCCAUGGGACCUGGAUUCAGUGAAGUUACUUCACCUGAUUUUGGGUGGCUGACAUGUGGGUCCCAUGACACGUUGGUCCACAUAUCAGCCACCCAAAAUCAGGUGAAUCCUUCUUCCUCGCAGUGGCGGUGUGGCCUGACAAGCAUGGCGGUGUGGUUCGCCAAUGGCUCAGAUCUGCUUUGUGUGCCUAAAUCGCAGCAUGCAAAGCUGUGAUUCCUAGUGCUUAUUAAUCCUGAUGUGCAUAUCCUACCGUUAAUAGUUCUUCCCAACUUACAUUGUGCCUUUCGGUUUCCAUGAUUCUCCUACAUGAUGUACCCAACCGGAUUAAUCGACAAAGUGCCAUAUUUUAAACUAGUUUGAGAAAAUAGAUUGCCUAA